AUGGCUUACGAUCUGGCUCAUUACGACAAGCUGCCGCAGCCUGGGAUCGAACUUGAGGUCGGGAAGCCCUUUCGACCUUUUCAGCAGCUGAUGGCGGUGCUUCCCUCAAGCUCCAAGUCGCUUUUGCCGGCCUGCUUCCAGUGGCUCUUCGACUCGAAGGAUUCGCCCAUCCUCAAUUUCUAUCCGCAGAAGUUCGUGGUGGACAUGGAUGGAGUUAAGGUGCCAUGGGGUGGAAUGACGCUGAUCCCAUUCAUAGACCCCAUGUCUCUGCUCACUGCGAUGGAUGCCUCAGACCAGCUUUCCCUCAGCAAGGCAGAGGAGCGCCGAAACGAGUUCCGAAGCGCUUGCACGCUGAGGUAUGAUAUGAAGGCGCAGUAUUCGUUGCCCAGUACAUGGCCGGGCAAGUAUCCGGACCUUGCCAAGUGUCCAGUGAG